AUGCGCUUCGCAUCCCUCGUCAUCCUCCUUACUCUCCUCUCCACUGCCGCUCUCGCAUCCAUGGAGCUGGAAGAACCAGAAUCAGAACCACACCCCGACAUCCUUCACUCCAUCUCUUCCAACUCCUUCGCUCAACACCACGCUCGAUCCGUCAUCUCCUACCUUUCACUUCCCUCUUCCACCAUCACCCGUGUAGACCCACCCGAUUACAGACCCGACCUUCGCUUCCUUGUCCAUGACAACACCGACAGCUCUCGAAACGUCCCUUUGUGCUAUCGUGACGAACACUGUCUGAUGGUCUCUCUGUACGAACUCUGA